AUGGCGUCUCCUCCCCUCAUAGGCCGUUCCGUCGUUGGCGGGGUAGUUGGUGUGGGUGGAGGAGCGGUCCCAGUCCCAGUAGGUGCGAAUGUUAUUGACGGAAACGUCAACAUCGUUGGAGGUGGCGUUGGCUUGGGUGGUGGAGCGGUGGCUGUCCCAGCCGCUGCCAGUGUUAUUGACGGUAACGUGAAUAUUGUUGGAGGGGGCGUUGUCGGUGGAGCGGGGUAUAACCUCCCAGCAGGGUUGUCUGUUGACGGCGACGUUAACAUCGUCGCAGGAACGCCGGGAGUAAACAUGGUUGGUGGGGCGUCUUAUCCUGCAUACUAUGGACAUACAACAACCAUCACGGCCUCUCAACUGCCCCCUGACCCCCUCACACACUGCCCCACGUACUCCCCCAGAGGGGACAUGAGUUAUGUGGACAACCCACUUCCGAUUCCUGUGCUAAUGCCUAUUCCAAUGCCCAUGGCGUCUCCUCCCCUCAUUGGCCGUUCCGUCGUUGGCGGGGCAGUUGGUGUGGUUGGUGGAGCGGUUCCAGUCCCAGUAGGUGCGAAUGUUAUUGACGGAAACGUCAACAUCGUUGGAGGAGGCGUUGGCUUGGGUGGUGGAGCGGUGGCUGUCCCAGCCGCUGCCAGUGUUAUUGACGGUAACGUGAAUAUUGUUGGAGGGGGCGUUGUCGGUGGAGCGGGGUAUAACCUCCCAGCAGGGUUGUCUGUUGACGGCGACGUUAACAUCGUCGCAGGAACGCCGGGAGUAAACAUGGUUGGUGGGGCGUCUUAUCCUGCAUACUAUGGUGAUGGGGUCGACAUUUCACGCCCUGAUGUAUCGGAUAACUAUGUGGUCGGCUAA